GCGGGCGUCGCGGGGUGCGGGGUGUCGCGAUAGUCGGCGACAGCCGAGCGGAUGGGGGAUGGCGGGGGUGAUGCUCUGCGAGCCCCGGGACCUCUACAACAUCAUCAACCAGUACCGGUGGAGGUCCCGGCUGUCGGAGCCCAAUUACCUGUGCCUGCUGGAUGCCCGUCCUCAGAAUGAAUUCAAUGCCAGCCACAUCGUUACAGCCGAAAGGAUUGUACGGAGUUCUACGGGGGAGUAUCUGAUUCCGAAUCCAGAGAAGCUGGUCUACGUCAGAUACUGUGUGGUGUACGACCAUAACACCAGCUCUUUGGGCUAUCAGGAGGAGGAGAAAGAGGAGAAGGAGGAGAGCAGUACUGCUUCAGARGCUGAAGCCAGCAGCUCAGGUUCCAUGUAUUCCCAGAGUAGUGAGGAAGGAGAUGCCUACCUCCACGCCAAAAACUUCGAGCAGUUCGCUCGCUACCCCGUGCUCCUCCUGAAGGGAGGGUUCAAGCUUUUUUCAGCUUGUUACCAUUUCCUGAAGAGCCAGAAGACACUGUGGAUGCCUCAGGAACUAGACUGCUUCGAGCCAUACCCUGUAGAAAUACUGCCUGAGAAGUUAUAUAUGGGCAAUUUCAAGCAGGCCAGUGAUGAAAAAAUUCAGACAGAUCUGAAGAUUAAAGCGCUGGUCAACAUCUCUGAAGAGCCUGUAACACUGUUUGCAGAAGAAGGUCAAUCUCUCCAUAUACCUGUUCCAGAUUCACUYGAGGCAGAUCUUUUUUCUUCCUUCCCCACCAUUUCUCAUUUUAUAGAUGCUCAGAUGGAAGUGGGAGCAGUGCUGGUGUGCUCCAGCCUGGGGAUAAGCCGGAGCAGCACCGUCACCAUGGCCUAUCUGAUGCAUUCCUGCCGCUUUUCCCUGCAGAGAGCUUGGAAGUACCUUCUGAAAUGCAAAAUGAACAUGAGACCAAACCGGGGCUUUGUGGAACAGCUUUCAGCUUGGGAGACCCAAAUCUACGGGACCACAGUCACAGACACCUCUGAACCAAAMUACUGACAGAGAACAUCCCACAGGGAAAGCCACUUCCCUUCCCCUUUCUGGGGAGAAAGUCACUGGAACACUGUGUGUAAUGGAAAAGCUUUCCUCUUUAACUCCACGUCUUUUUCGGUCAAGAUUUGGAGCCUUGUGGGGAACUCAUUCACUUGUCUGUAGGAGGUGGCAGUUUGGGGAAUUCAAGUACCUGCAGGAUGUGGCCCUGCUCAACUCUUCUGUAAGCAAAGGGGAUUAUAACCACUGCCAUGGGGCAGUCAGUAGGGUUAUYUCUGAAAAGAUUUGUUAUCCAUGGUCUGGAAUAGUAAAUUUGGAGUCUGUGCCUACUUCCAGCCUGGAGAGGUGACAACAUAAUGUCCCUGUUUCAGAAGUCCCUGUGCCCUGCGAGUGCCUUCUCAGCUAGCCACAAAUAUGAUCGUGGCUUCUCGCAGACUCACUGGCUGGAUUGUUGACAAGACCGCCCUUCCCACUUGCCACCUCCUAAUUCURCAGCCGAACCUCUGAGCACAGCUGGCAAUUUUAAAGCCUCAGUGCUGCCACAUGAAACCCAAACGCAGUGCCGCCCUCUCUCUUACAGCACUCCGAAUUCUACYCUUUGACAUCACAAAAUAAAAUGUGACAGAAGACACUCCCGGGCUUUGCAGCACUGUGUGUUCGGGAUUUACGCGUGGGUU